UUAUAGAAUUAUAAAUUUUCCAAUUAGGGGGUACUUUUGUAAAUUUAUCUUAUGAAACGUCCAUCAACAAAAAGAACUCAUCAUGUCUCAACUUUUUUUUUAAUUAAAAAAUAAAAAAGAUUUAUAUACAGCUUUUCCCCAUUUUCAUAUCCCAAUCAUCCAAUCCUCAAUUUUUUUCCCACACUCUCUCCCUCCAUUUUUUUUGCCCUAAAUUUCAUCUUCUUCCUCCUCUUCCUAUUAUUUUCACAAUAUAAUCCCAAAAAAAAAAAAAAAACUAGUUAUUUAGUCGUAGUAUCCAUUUAUUUACUAAAUUAGUACAAAAAUUAGUUAUUUACACAAUAUUCCCCAAAAAGCUAGAAAAAGAAAGACAUAAUCAUCAUAAUCAUCAUCAUAUCAUUCAUAUUCCUUCUUCCUUUAAUUUCAACAAAGGCGUUAUUAUAUCUAGUUUUGUUCAAACAAACACAACAUCAUAAAACCAAAAAGAAAAGAAACCUUAACUCCUCCAAAUAAAAACCUUAAUUAAUAAUACUACUACUUCAGUUAUUGUUUGUGAGCGAGUUAGUAAUUGAUAACUACAAUUAUCGGAUAAAUAGAUAAAUAAAAUCAAUGGAUCUUAUCCCACCACCAUCAUCGUCGUCGUCAUCAUCGUCUUCGGCUACGACAAAGGCCAACAACAACAACAACAACAACAACAACAACAACAACAACAACAACAACGGGCAGUUAAGUAGGUACGAGAAUCAGAAGAGAAGAGAUUGGAACACUUUCGGGCAGUACCUGAGAAACCACCGUCCUCCGUUAGCGUUGUCCCGUUGUAGUGGGGCCCACGUUUUGGAGUUUUUAAGGUACUUGGAUCAGUUCGGAAAGACUAAGGUUCAUAAUCCGGGCUGCCCGUUUUUCGGACACCCUAAUCCACCUGCCCCCUGCCCUUGCCCGCUCCGUCAAGCGUGGGGCUCACUCGAUGCUCUCAUAGGCCGUCUUAGGGCUGCCUAUGAGGAGAACGGUGGCCCGCCUGAGAGUAACCCGUUCGGGGCUCGAGCCGUUAGGCUUUACCUUCGCGAGGUCAGGGACUCUCAGGCCAAGGCUAGGGGCAUCAGCUACGAGAAGAAGAAGCGCAAGCGGCCUCCACCUGCAACUACGUCUUCUCGACCAAUGCCCCAACCCCCGCCGCUGCCGCCUCUUCAGCACCACCACCUCCAUGGUGAGUCCAGUGGCGGCAGCAGCAUCGGGUUAUUGACUGGACUCACCAUGGAUGGACAUCAUGGAAAUGGGGGUGGUGGUGGUGCUGGGGAAAGGAGUUUCCCAUAAAAUUAAGUUAUCAAUCAUCAUAUAUCAUGGUAAGUUCAAUUCUAAAUUAUGUGUACCCUAGUUAAUUAAUUACUCUCUUAGUAGUCAUUAUUCCAACUAUGGAACUACUCUAGCAGUCUACUACAACAAAUUUAGGUAUAAUGAAAAUGGAAGAUUUUUAGUACUAAUAUAGUACGAUCUUGUUAUAUUGUACCAUACCUAGUAUCUUCUACUACAUACUUCAUGUCA